UGUUUAGAAGCGGCGCGAUCAUGGCGGAGCGCGGUCAGCUCCCUCCCCCCGCCAAGCGCCUGUGUUGCAGACCCGGCUACGGCGUCGGAUGCAGGCCGGGCCAGCGAGCGGGCGGCGGCGUCGAGGGCGGCGUGGGCGUCGGCGGGUCGCUCUGCAUGGCGGGGCCUUCGUCGGCCGCGGUGGCCGCCGCCUCGUCGGCCGCCGCCGCUUUCCCCCCUGCCCUGGCCGCCGCCUAUGCCGCGCUGGGGGUGCUGCCGUUGGGCAAGACGCAGAGCCCGGAGUCGCUGCUGGACAUCGCGGCGCGGCGGGUGGCGGAGAAGUGGCCGUUCCAGCGGGUGGAGGAGCGCUUCGAGCGCAUCCCGGAGCCCGUGCAGCGCCGCAUCGUCUACUGGUCCUUCCCCCGCAGCGAGAGGGAGAUCUGCAUGUACUCCUCCUUCAACACCGGCGCCGCUGCCGAGGACGCUGCCGCCAGCAACCCCGCAGCCGCCGCGCCCGGCGGGGGAUCUAACGCCGUCGGGUCCACGGGCACCGCGGGGGGCACCGCCUCGGCCGCGACCGCCGCAUCCAACAACAACAGCGGGGGAGGAGGCGCCGGAGGAGGAGGCGGCGGCGGUGGCGGAGGCGGCAGCACCGCACCCGGCGGCGGAGGAGCAGCGGACGCCGCUGGCGACGAGAACCGGCUGCCCUUCCGCAGGGGCAUUGCUCUGCUCGACGGCGGCUGCGUCGACAACGUCCUGCAAGUCGGUUUCCACCUGAGUGGCACAGUGACGGAGCCUGCAAUGCAAUCGGAGCCAGAAACUGUUUGCAAUGUAGCUAUCAGCUUUGAUCGUUGCAAGAUUACCUCAGUGACCUGUAGCUGUGGAAACAAAGACAUAUUUUACUGUGCCCACGUCGUGGCACUUUCUUUGUACCGGAUUCGCAAGCCAGAUCAGGUCAAACUGCAUCUUCCCAUUUCAGAGACUCUCUUUCAAAUGAACAGAGACCAACUACAAAAGUUUGUACAGUACUUGAUCACAGUGCACCAUACAGAAGUUUUGCCAACUGCUCAGAAAUUAGCAGAUGAAAUCCUUUCUCAGAAUUCAGAGAUCAAUCAAGUUCAUGGUGCUCCUGAUCCAACAGCUGGUGCUAGCAUAGAUGAUGAAAACUGCUGGCAUCUAGAUGAAGAGCAAGUCCAGGAACAGGUUAAACUCUUCCUCUCCCAGGGUGGAUACCAUGGAUCAGGGAAGCAACUCAAUUUGCUUUUUGCAAAGGUUCGAGAGAUGUUAAAGAUGAGAGAUUCGAACGGUGCUCGGAUGUUGACAUUGAUAACGGAACAGUUCAUGGCUGACCCUCGCCUGUCACUCUGGAGGCAACAGGGAACUGCAAUGACAGACAAGUAUAGGCAGCUCUGGGAUGAACUAGGUGCUCUUUGGAUGUGCAUAGUCUUAAAUCCUCAUUGCAAGGUGGAACAAAAGGCCAGUUGGCUGAAACAGCUGAAGAAAUGGAACAGUGUUGAUGUUUGUCCCUGGGAAGAUGGGAACCAUGGAAAUGACCUGCCCAGUCUAACCAAUGCUUUGCCUCAGGGUGCAAAUGCAAUCCAAGAUUCAUCAAACAGGUCUCACCGGACGGUGUUCACCCGAGCCAUUGAGGCGUGCGAUCUCCAUUGGCAGGACAGCCACUUGCAGCACAUUAUCAGAAGUGACCUGUACACCAACUACUGUUACCAUGAUGAUGCUGAAAACUCACUCUUUGACUCUCACGGGUGGCCCCUCUGGCAUGAACAUGUGCCUACAGCCUGCGCGAGGGUGGAUGCACUAAGAUCUCAUGGCUAUCCAAGAGAAGCACUGCGGCUAGCAAUAGCUAUUGUCAAUACUCUAAGGAGGCAGCAGCAGAAACAGCAGGAAAUGUUCCGGUUCCAGAAGAAAGAACUUCUCCACAAAGGUGUUACCUCUAUAACUAACCUGGAAGGCUGGGUUGGGCACCCAUUGGACCCAAUUGGCACCCUUUUCAGCAGCCUUAUGGAGGCCUGCAGGGUUGAUGAUGAGAGCUUCCAUGUGUUCUCAGACUUCACAGAGAAUAUGGGCCAGUACAAAUCUUUGGAGUACUAUCACCUGCCUGCCCACAAAUUCUUAGAAGAAGGAGAAUCUUAUUUGACGCUGGCUGUGGAAGUGGCAUUGAUAGGACUGGGGCAGCAGCGAAUAAUGCCUGAUGGCUUGUAUGCACAAGAGAAAGUUUGUCGGAAUGAGGAACAGUUAAUUUCCAAGCUACAGGAAAUCGAACUGGAUGACACGCUGGUGAAGAUUUUCCAAAAGCAAGCAGUCUUCCUAUUAGAAGCUGGACCCUAUAGCGGUCUAGGUGAAAUCAUCCAUCGAGAGAGUGUUCCAAUGCACACAUUUGCCAAGUAUCUUUUCACCUCUCUCCUACCUCAUGAUGCUGAACUAGCAUACAAAACUGCACUGAGAGCAAUGCGAUUACUAGUAUUGGAAUCCACAGCUCCAUCAGGAGAUAUGUCUCGUCCACAUCACAUUGCAUCAGUCGUUCCAAAUCGGUACCCCCGGUGGUUCACUCUAAGUCACAUUGAAUCUCAGCAGUGUGAGUUGGCAUCAACUAUGCUAACUGCAGCCAAAGGUGAUGUCCGAAGGCUUGAAACAGUGUUAGAAUCUAUCCAGAAAAACAUUCACUCCUCAUCGCACAUCUUCAAGCUUGCCCAGGAUGCAUUUAAAAUAGCAACGCUUAUGGACAGUCUGCCAGAUAUCACUCUUUUGAAAGUCUCUCUGGAGCUGGGUCUUCAGGUGAUGCGCAUGACUUUGUCAACCUUGAAUUGGAGGCGGCGGGAGAUGGUGAGGUGGUUGGUAACAUGUGCAACAGAAGUAGGUGUUUAUGCACUGGAUAGCAUCAUGCAAAGCUGGUUUACACUUUUCACUCCGACCGAAGCGACUAGUAUUGUUGCCACCACGGUGAUGUCCAACAGCACUAUCGUCCGCCUGCAUCUGGACUGCCACCAGCAAGAGAAGCUUGCCAGCAGUGCUAGGACGCUUGCUCUUCAGUGUGCCAUGAAGGACCCUCAGAACUGCGCCCUCUCUGCGCUGACCUUGUGCGAGAAGGAUCACAUAGCUUUUGAGACGGCUUACCAAAUUGUCCUCGACGCUGCUGCAACCGGCAUGAGUUACACGCAGCUCUUCACUAUAGCGCGGUACAUGGAGCAUCGCGGCUAUCCUAUGCGGGCCUACAAGCUGGCCACGUUGGCCAUGACGCAUCUCAACCUGAGUUACAAUCAGGACACGCACCCUGCCAUUAACGACGUUUUGUGGGCCUGCGCACUUAGCCACUCCCUCGGGAAGAACGAGCUGGCUGCGAUCAUACCUCUGGUGGUCAAAAGUGUCAAAUGUGCAACAGUACUGUCGGACAUCUUGCGUCGGUGUACUUUGACCACUCCCGGAAUGGUGGGGCUCCACGGAAGGAGGAACUCGGGCAAGCUGAUGUCAUUGGACAAAGCGCCACUAAGGCAACUCCUGGAUGCCACCAUCGGAGCGUACAUUAACACCACGCAUUCCCGGCUCACGCACAUCAGUCCCCGGCAUUACAGUGAGUUCAUAGAGUUCCUGAGCAAGGCCCGAGAGACCUUCUUAAUGGCUCACGACGGACACAUUCAGUUUACACAGUUCAUUGACAACCUGAAACAAAUUUACAAAGGCAAAAAGAAACUGAUGAUGUUGGUUCGCGAACGGUUUGGUUGACAAUAAAAAUGUGUGUGAAUGG